CGAACCUAAUGUUCUUUCAGGACGUCGAGCCCUAGAGGUCUGGACCCCUUGAACGGGGCCGGCGUGUCAUCCUGAGCCGUUCUCUGGCGGUCCCGAGGCUCGGUAUGGGCCCGCCGAUGCCACGAAACAGUGACAUCUCACUCGCCGUGCAUUUUUUUUUUCCACGACGCGAGGGGUGGUCCUCCGACCAGUGGUGGCCCCCCUCUGGCACUGCCCCGACAGCGCUCCGGACCGGCGCCGGCAGCGCGUGCCGCGGCGACGUGGCCGAGAAGAUUGGGCGGCCAGAGGGCGCCAAGCUCCCGAGCCGCCCCCGUGCGGAGGUGCCCGUCGAGAAGGUCGGCAGCGUGGCGCGGGCCGAGCUGUGCGCCCGCUACCGCGAGACCAACUCGACAAGGCGCGGCGAGGCGGCGGCAGAGAUCAGCUGCCGGGCGGUCUUGAGCGCCGGGCCGCCAGCGGGCGUCGCCGCGAAGGUCAACGAGGACGGGCGGCAGGUGCCUCUCGAGAAGCGGCCUCUCACGUGGAAGGUUGGCGACUGAGGCGCACAGCUCCCGGGCCUGAGACCGGUCGGCGCACAGUUUCUGCGUCGGCGGCGAGGCAGAUGUAUUGCGCCAGCGGUCGGGCUAGGCGGGGCUACCGCAGAGCGACUUGCCCAGCGUGCAAGAGGAGAAGCCAGGCAGGGCGGCCUCUGGAGUAGGUUUGUCCUUUCACGUUUCCUCCAAAAAACCGGCUUGCAGGAGGACGGGCCCGACCUAAAGCUAGGUGGGCGCUCGCCUCGAGACGUCCCGGUCGGGGCGAGCGGCAGGCGCCCAGGCUCGCAACACUGCGGCCUUUUUUUUUUGUUGGGGGCGCCCCCGCCAGCGCGCCCGAUCCGGACGCCCUGGCGGCGCAGCUGGGGCGGGACGACCGGAAGCCCAGCAUGUUCGCACUUUCGCAUCUGCGCUUUUCCUCGCGCGCUGUUUUUUGCUGCGGCCCGAGCGGGCGAGCGCCCACGGGCCUGUCGAGUUGGGGCUCAGGCGCCGCCUCUGCCGGCAGGCCGUGCGCGGUUCUCGCGGCGGGUCGCUCGCAGCUCCGCCCAGGCUCUGCUUGCAGUGCGGCAGCGGCGGCAGAGUUGAUCAAAAGGGGGCCUCGAAGCCAUUGAAGGGG